CAACGUGGAGGUGCAGCGCAUAUACGCCAACUUCCAUUUCUCCAUGGGCCACCACCACACCGUCCUAUCCACAGCACAACACGUCCUCAGCAUCGCACCAUCAGACAUCGAGAUGCGCUUCCUGGAAGCUUCGUGUCUGCACGCCAUGGGCCGAUGGGCUGAAGCGGUGCGCAAGUACAACGACCUUAUGAGCCUCGCCCCACCACCAGGCACCGACCCUGGCAGGCUCUACCAGGCCUUUUACCAGAGGGAGGUGGCGCUGUACAUGGCAGCAAGGCAGAGCAAGCCCCUCUCUCUCUUCCGACCAUUGGACCACCUUGGACCUCUCUUCAAUGAAGCGUGGAGCAAGCGCAUGCCGCCCUCCAUGCUCUUCCCCGGAUACGAGCUCCAGAAGGAAGGGCGCGCACAUGGUGGCACAAAAAGGCCAGGCGCAGCAGGGGAGGAUGAUGCGGUGCUGCCGCCCCCUGUGCUGCAGGUGGUGGGGGCGGCUGAGCGGCUGGGCGCACUCACAGCGUACGACUGGCACGGAUUUCUGCCCAACAUGCGCCAGUACCGCAUGGCAGGGCUGGCAAUGAUGGACCUUCGGGACCUGGUGCGCCGCACAUGGGCAGUCAUGGCGGAGGAGAGAGACAGCGUGGUGGAGAGCGGUGCGAAUGAGCAGCAGGCGGAGGGCAAGCGGGGUUCGGGAGGGAAAAGAGGGCAGCGGCGGCAGCAGCGAGAACAGCAGGAGGAGGAAGGGGGAGGAGAGGAGAGGAAGGGAGGGGAGGGGAGGGAGCCAAGCACGGCCGUGGUUUGGAUGGAUCGACUCAGUGAGAGCGAGCAGCAUGCAACACUGGACACGCCACUCAUGAACGGGCAGUCCAUCAACGCACGCUACUCGCCCUACUACAACCGCACCCUUCAUCUACUGCACGCGCUCAUGCUGCAGAGGGCACCAUCAGCAGCAGACAGGAUGGAGCAGCUGGCAGUGGCAGGGAGUGUGGAGGAGGUGUGGGCAGUGGCGGGUGGAGACUCAUGGGCCACCAUUCCCUGCCACAGCACAGCAUCCCCUGGCACACUGCUUAACGGCACUCGAAUCACCCUCUCCCGCACUCCCACGUACUACCGGCUGUCCAUCAACGUGUUUGUCACGCAGCAGCGCAUCCAGCAGUACAACCACGAGAUGGACGCCGCAUGGAAGGCGCUGUGCGCAGCAUACCUUGACUCAAGGCUGAAGGAAAGCAACAUCACGGAGUAUCGGCAUCGUAUUCACCGCGCCAUCCUCACCCUCUCCUUCUACUGGUACCAGUACGGGCCACUGACCCGCGGCACGGCCAUGGUGGGGUAUGUCACCAUGCUGGGGCUGUUCCUGGCAGCGGACAUGCAGGUCACAGCAAAUGCACCACGGGGAUUUCAGGUUGACUGGGAGGCUAUCCUCUCCCCGCACGUGGACUCCUUCAUAGCUACUGUCUCUCCAUGGCUCGUUCCCUCCAUCGAUUAUGACUGCCCCAUCUUUCACAACCUCUCCUCAGCACCAAUUGCUGAGUCACUUCCGUCUCUCCAGCACGUGAUCCACGCUCUCACCUACUCUGACAAACCUGCUCCUGCUUUUUGA